AUGGUUUCUUCGACAGUGUUGUGUCUAGUGUUGCUGCAGGCCGUUGGUGCUCUUGGGUUUCCGGCGACUCUGAAGCUGGAAAGAUCGUUUCCCACCAACCAUGGCGUUGAGUUGAAGCAACUCACGGAAAGAGAUGGUUUAAGACACCAUAGAAUACUACACAAGUAUGCUGAUCCAAAUGUGGUUGUUGGAUUUGAAGUAUAUGGAACCUAUGAUCCUUUUGAUGCUGGCUGUAGCACAUCCGAAACAGGACAGAUAAGUCAAACGGAAAGAACACUUGAUGAGAUUAUGGGAUUGGGCAGACAAAUUAUAUCCGUCAUUUCCCAAAUUUCAUCACAAGGGAUUGCACCAAAUUCCUUUGGACAUUGUCUAGCUGGUGGUGAUGGAGGUGGGAUUUUGGCCUUUGGCACACCAGUCAUGCCCGAUCUAGUCUUCACUCCACUUGUGAAGUCAAUCUUUAGCACGUUCGAAACAGGACAGAUAAGUCAAACGGAAAGAACACUUGAUGAGAUUAUGGGAUUGGGCAGAAAAAUUAUAUCCGUCAUUUCCCAAAUUUCAUCACAAGGGAUUGCACCAAAUUCCUUUGGACAUUGUCUAGCUGGUGGUGAUGGAGGUGGGAUUUUGGCCUUUGGCACACCAGUCAUGCCCGAUCUAGUCUUCACUCCACUUGUGAAGUCAAUGUAA